AUGUUUCCUGUCAACCUCCAACCCGCCAAUGACCAGAGGGUUAUGGACCAGAACUCAGACCGGCGAAGUGACGAAGAAGUCUUCACCGGUGGACUACCGGAGUUUCCCUCCUUGGACAAUGGCUUGGGAACAAAUGGAGAUGACGACGAUGACCUGAGCAUUGGGAUGCCCACCCUUCCAGCCCAUCCCAGCAGGGUCGGGUCCACACAGUCAGAGGAGGAACCCGCGGCCCAGGCCCUGGAAGUUGUGCAGAGGCUGGCUGGAGACGUAAUCACAGCAGCAGUAACCGCGGCCAUGCAGGAACGUCUGGAGGCAGCUAUAGCGCCUGCGCUGGUCCAGGCCCUGGCUGAGGAAUCGGACAGCGAGGCGGAGGACUUUGAGUUGUUGGACCAAUCAGAGCUGGAACAGCUGGAAGGCGAGUUGGGGCUGGACCGCUCGAGCCGUGCAGAAACGUCUAAUCCUAGCAAACCCUCUCCAGGCUUUCUGUCCAAACUACUGGGGCGCCAAUGAUUUUAUUCAGAGGGGUUCCGCUUCCCUCUGUGAUGGGAUGUGGGUGGGAGGAUAAAUGUCAGGUUCACAGGGAAAGGUCCAGAGUAAUGAAGGUAUUCCAUUGUUUUACUUUGCUGGUGUGAUUCAGUUGUUUUGCUAUAAAAACAAAGUCAUCUGUGGAAGGAGGCUAUUAGUGUUUUUCACGGGGAAGGUGAUUGUGGCUGGUUUUGGCGUAGCUCCAUCUCAGUGGGUCAUCGGAGGAAAUUGUUUUCACAAUGUUUCCUGUCAACCUCCAACCCGCCAAUGACCAGAGGGUUAUGGACCAGAGUAAAGUCAUUCGUUUAGCUGUUAAAGGGCUGGUAGAUGCAGGACACUCCAUAUUUUGCUGCCAAAUAUUUUUUCUCUUUUCAACUUCACAUAAUUACUCUUAAAAUAAAGCUUCAUGGCCAAAGAGUAAGGGCCUCCCACUAACUGACAAUCAGGAUAGCAUUUAUAAGCAAACAGAAACACCACGUAGAGAAGUACACGUGACAAAUAUUUUUAUUUGAUAU